AUUCGCUUGUCAGUUGACGCGAAGCUUGCAAACAUGUUCAAGUUUACUCUAACGUUUUUUUUAUUUACUUUUUUUCGACCUUCUUCUCAAGCAGGUAAGUUAAUUUCGGCCUUAUUCUUUUGUCUUUCUUAUUAAAUUUUCGCAAAAUGUUCUUAAAAGAACAAAACAGCUCCGCGGUUAAAUAUUUAAAAAAAAAACAAAAAGAACAUUUAUUUUGGAAUGUUCGAAUAGACUUUGAUCUCCAUCUUUAUUUGAAUAUUUAACGAUUUGUACCUUUUUUUAGGUAUUUGUUAAAUGAAUAAAUGAGUAAAUAUAUUUGUUCAUUUAUUGCGUUGGAAACAUGACUGGCAAUUAUUUUUUAUUUAAUAAAAAUGAAGGAAAAAGCUUUCAUAAAAGAAUAUCAAAUAUAAUUGAGAAUAAAAAUGAUAUAAAAUACAGAAUAUGAAUUUAUCUAUUUCUUUUCAGAAGUGAAAAAAAUUAGGAAGAACUAUAAAUUAUCAAGAAUUAAGAUUAAGAUAUUAUUAAGGAUAAAAAGAAGAAAUUUUUCUCUUUUUAACAAUCAAUAAAAUUUAUAAUUUUUUUUCUUCUAAUAAAUUACUGGUAAUUAUGUAAAUUUAGACGUCUUCCACAUUCUGAACGUCUAAUUGCCUAGUCAAUAUGUCAAUACUGUCCAACCCCUGCUCGACUAAUCCAGCCGCCGAUAAUGUAACUAUCGAUAAUAGCGAAACUUUUAAGGUAAACUGCACCGAAUCAAACAAUCUUUCAUGGCUGCAACUUGAUAUCUCAACAAAAGAAGAAUGUACAGGCUCUGAUUGCAAGCAAUCGUUUACCUAUGGGGAUAAUGUUAAUUUUGAACUUAUCGAGAAACUCGUCAACCAAUCCGUAUUCUGUUCAAUAAAGAUAAAAUUCACCUGUUCAAAUGGAGCCGAAAUCUAUGAUGAUUUCAAAUGGGCAUAUGAAAAAUAUGGUGUCAUUACGUAUUCCACGUCUAGGGAUUUAGUUUACGGGACUGAGAAUAUAUGCACUAACAAUGAUCCGUCCAACCCAUGUAAAUGCAAUAGCGAAACAACUUCGGCCAUAGUAGAAGAUGGAUAUAUUAUUGACAAAGAUAAACUAGCUAUUUACGAACUGAGAUACAAAAAAGUGCCGGGAAAACCUUUAACAAUUCAAGUAGAAUACCUAUCCUGUCUGCCAGAAUCGUUUCUUGGCGCUGAUAUAUGCAGUGCAAAUCCAUGUCAAAAUGGAUUCUGUAAACCAUAUAACGAGAGUCACAGAGAAUGUAUUUGUAAACCUGGCUAUGAAGGUGACAAUUGCCAAACAGAGAAAACUUGUCCGACUCUAAAUGAAGACAACAACGGAGUCGUAGUUGCCGAAGAAAUGGUAGACGGUAAGUUAAUAUAUGGUGCAAAGGCUAUUUAUAACUGCAGUGAUGAAGGAUACAUACUCAAUAAUACUUUUAAUAUGUACGUGAGACAUUGCGGCUUAAAUGGCGAAUGGACUGGAAAUGGUAGUUUGACCUGCAAUUUAUGGUGUCCAUCCGAUUUUUUGCCACAUAAAUUGGAGUGCUACUGGCCUUCUCAAAUGGCCAAUAUUGUCGGAACCAAAGAUGACGCUGCGUAUAUCUGUUCAAAAUUGGCCGCUCGUAUAAGUGAUUUAGAUACUAACGAAACGGCCAAUUGGUUGCGUGACCAAAUUCAAUUAGGGCCUACAACAACUCUAAUAGGCGUUAAAAAUGAUACCGGUAUCCUUAAGUGGUCGAAUGAAGAUGCUGUCAAAAGUUCAAGUCAGGACGCUUAUCUGAUUGCUGAUCACCUUCCUGAAGGAAAGUGUAUUCAUGCCUCUCUAUGCAAUGAAUCAAAACCGUUACGAUGGCAUGUAGCCGAUUGUGCUACUCUUGUUCCUUUUCUGUGCCAAGCUAAAAAGUGUUCUACUAUACAAUCUUUGAAAAACGUUGAUCUUACAAGUAUUCAUCCGUCCAACUGGUUUCCAGGAGGUAGCGUUAGCUUGUUGUGUGACCGAAGACACUCGGUAAACAGAACGUCAGUCUACCAACAUCUUGGAUGCUCUUCGGAAGGAAACUGGAAUGUUACUCCUUCAGAUUGUACAUUACACGACUGCUUAAAUCCUCCGACUAUUAAAAAUAGCAUACGUUCAGCUAUUUCUGGGACAAUAUAUUUAGGAGACGUAGCUGAAUACGUUUGUAAGCCAGGUUACGACAAAUCUGCAGAUGGAAAAAGAUAUAAGCAAGUUUGUAACCUAAAUGGAUGGGAAUGGGCUGAUACAGCGCCCGAUUGUGAUGAAAAUAGCUAUGAGAAAACUUGUAAUGGCUACAAAGUAUCUGACCCUACGAGUGGGGAAAAAAAAAUAGAUGUAGACGGACCUGACGGUCCUUUACAUCCUUUUAAAGUGCAGUGUGAUAUGGAUUAUGAAGAUCCAAGAACGAUUCUUUUGUUAAGUAAAAAUGUUGCUUCUAAUUCCUCUAUUGAUUAUUCAGUAAAAGAUGAUGAACUGCAUUUAUUGAGGUCACUACAUUCGUACUGUGAACAAAAGUUAACAAUUUCAUCAUGCUUGAAUGAAAAUCCUGUUUCUCAAAUCAUCUUUGAACCUUUGGUUGGAGCGACUUAUUUAUUAAACGAUUCUGAAACUGAUCAUAUUUGUGAUUAUAGGGGUCCCCUUCAUCAUCAAUGUGGCUGCAGCUAUACUGACGGUUCAGAUGAGGGAGUAAUUCUUGGAUCAGAUCGAGUUCCUGUUAAGACUAUUUCAUGGAGUGCGGACAAGUCUUUUCAAUUGACACUUGGAGAUCUAGUAUGCCUGUCAGAUACGAGCAGCUCAUGUAGUCCAUCAACUUGUGAAAAUGGCGGAACAUGCAUACCCUACAAAACACCUGGCUCUAAAAAAUGCUAUUGCGCUCCUUCUUAUACAGGAGAAACUUGUAAUGAAGAGAUAACUUGCCCGAACUCAAUUGAUGCCGUUAAUAAUGGAAGUUGGGGUGAUAUAUCUAAUGCAAAGUUUGCCUCAUUGGCAACAUUACAGUGCGAUGCAAAUAGUUAUAUAACGAAUACUGAUCAACUUCACUUCGCUCCUACAUCAAUAGCCGAUACUCGUUGUUUAAUUUUUGGUAAUUGGAGUCUUGUUCAACACGAUUGCUCAUUUCAUUGCCCAAGCAAUUUUAAAAUUGUUUCAAAUUUUACGCAAAAGUACUGCGUCUAUUUCUCUUUUGAUCAUUCAAACGUCAAAAAGAAAUAUGAAGAGGCUAGACUGGAUUGCGAAGCGAAAAAUUCCGAGCUGAUGGCUGAAGAUUUAUCGAAAUUUGCUGGGUCAUAUUUUAUACAAUAUACGAAAGACAGCUCAUCUUCACUUAUUGUAAAUGGUUACAAAAAAAAUGGUAUGUCUUUUACGUUUCCAACUGGAAAUGCGAUUCCUGGCGUAUUAUCAAGUGACCCUGAAGAGUGCGUUAUUUUUUCAAAUAACAUAUACCAAUCUGCUGAUUGCAAUAGUCCACAUCUUUAUGCUUGUCUAUAUUUCGAAUGUUCAGAACCGCCACUGGCUAAAACAAACUCGGACCGUACAAGUAUAGAGGGAUAUGCAUAUCUCAUGAAGACAACGUAUACGUGUAAAGUUGGAUUUGAAGCUUCUAAUCGCUCGAAACAAUUAAAUUUUACUUGUGGCGAUCGCAAGGGAUCAAGAAGGUGGGAACCUGACGAUUUACCAGAUUGUAAUACUGUCGAUUGUUUAACACCAACAAAGCCGCUUAACGGUGAUGUCAUAAGCUCGGAUACUACAUACAAUGCGAAUAUCGCUUAUACAUGUAAUAAUCACUUCACACUGGUUGGCUCUCCAAGCGCCAUUUGUCAAGACAACGGAACUUGGUCAAAUCUUCCAACAUGCAAAAGAGUAAGCUGUCCCAGUCCAAGCAAUAUUACAAAUGCAACAAUGACAGUUCUUGAUAAUUUUAAAGUUGGUACAAGUAUUAUGUAUAACUGUUCCGAAGGUAAUGCUAGGAAGAGUGGUGAUUAUCUUAGAACUUGCCAAAAUAAUGGAAGUUUUAGCGGAACAGCUCCAGUUUGCCAAUACGUCUCCUGUGGAGAUUAUCCAAUAGUAUUAGAUGGAACAGUUAAUGAUACAAUGUCUAGAAAUUAUUACAAUGCUAAAGCCUAUUAUUAUUGUAAUAACCACUUCAAAAUAGAAAGUUUUGAUUAUGUAGAGUGCCAAGACGAUGGAAACUGGACAGCGUUACCUGUCUGCAAAAGGGAGACCUGUGAGGAUCCUGGAACAAUCUUUAACGCCACAAGGAGUCCCAAUAAUCCGCCUUUUAAAGUUGAUCAUCUUAUCCAAUACACAUGCAUUGCUGGUUUUGCAAUUCUAUUCGGAAAUGCAGAAAGAAAAUGUCUUGAAAAUGGCACUUGGAGUGGUAUCCAACCGAAUUGUUCUCUCGUCGAUUGUAAUACUCCACCGAAUAUAUUGAAUGGCUCAUUUACACCUGGGCCAACAAAAUACAAGGAUGUAAUAUUUUACAGCUGCGAUCAAUAUUUUAAAAUUCAAGCACACAAUAAAUCGACAUGCUUAGUCAAUGGAAGUUGGAGCACUCCUCCAUUUUGUGAAGCAACUCAUUGCCCUGUACUUGCUAGUGUAAACCAGACAAAUAUUAUAUUUAAUAGCAGUAAAGUUGGCGAAAACGUAACUUAUGAAUGUACUCAAAUGUAUAAUUUAACAACUGGAUCCAUGGUGAGAAUGUGCCAAUCUGAUGGUACUUGGUCUGGAAAACCGCCGCUAUGUCUCAAGAUCAACUGCGUAGUAAUGACUAUAGAAAAUGGAGAGAGCAAUUGGGACAGGUACGACUUUAACCAUUCUAUUUCUUGGAAAUGUAAUACUGGAUAUAAAAUGGUUAGUGGAAAUAAAUACAUGACUUGCCUCGAUAAUGCAACUUGGCUUGGUGAACUUCCAAAAUGCGAGAAAAUAAACUGUGGUGAACCUACCCCGGUAAGUAAUGGUGUUAGAAAUCUCGCUACCACCCUUUAUCAAGAUAUCGCAAAUUAUUCAUGCUUUCCUGGUUAUAUAAGUUCAAAUGGAAGUUUAAAAAUCACUUGUCAAUCUGAUGGAAAAUGGAGUGACAAUGGACCUACUUGCGUAGCCGAUAAGUGCAGCAAGCCACCUAGUGUGAACAACGCUACAUAUACGGGAAAUUUUUACUAUAAUGAUACGAUAGUUUAUACCUGCAAUAUAGGACACGAAUAUAAUACUGGUAAUAUGGAAAGAACAUGCAUUGUUAUUGGUAGUACCCUCCAAUGGAACGGUACUUCACCAACCUGUCGAAGAGUAUCUUGUGGAAAUCCACCAUCGGUUUCAAAUUCAAAUAUAACUGCAAACUCCUUCCUCUACACAGAUAUUGUUAAAUAUAGCUGCCUUUCCGGCUAUUACUUAUCGGAAGGACCGGCGGAUAUCUAUUGCGGUGCUGACGGAAAAUGGAAUGAAACUAAACCCUCCUGCAAAAAGAUCUCUUGCGGUAAUCCUGGAGACAUUGACAAUGCAGAACAAAUUGGAGGAUACUUGUUCGAGGAUAUAGUAAGCUACGAAUGUAGAGGUGGCUACGUUGCUAGAGGCGGAACUAAAUUAGUAUGUCAACACGAUAAAACUUGGAAGGGUAUAAAGCCGUUCUGUGAUAGAAUUAAUUGCACCACGCCAGAGGAAAUACCUCACGGGAAUCUUAUAGCAAAUUCAACGAAAUUCACCGAUACAAUCAAAUACGUUUGCGAAGCUGGCUAUUCAACUGUAAUUGGAGCUAGCGAGAGUAGAAUUUGUCAAGCGAACGGUCAAUGGUCUGGAACCCUUCCCGUAUGCAGUCCACUAUCGUGCGAUUCUCCUGGCGAACCAACCAACGCCAUUAAGAUAGGAACCGAAAUGAAAUACAAAUCAAAACUGAUAUUCAAGUGUCUAGAGGGAUACGAAGAAGCCGACGGAAAUAAAGAAAUAACUUGCCAAGCUGACACAACAUGGGACGGAUUUCCUCUGGUUUGCGAAGCUGUAACUUGUACAGAUCUUGGUGAUGUUGAUAACGCUCAAGUAAUUGUCGAAGCAAGUACUUAUAAUGAGGAGAUUGUCUACUCGUGUGUUAGUGGCUAUAUUCUAGAUGUUGGUACUCUAAAACGAAAGUGCCAAGCUGAUAAAUCUUGGACAGGCUCCCGUCCCAUCUGUAUCAAGAUUCCAACAACAAUUACUCAAAAGCCACCAGGUGACGUAGAUCCUAUUGAAUUAGAAAAUGGAAUUUGUCAGGGGUUGCCUAAUGUUGAAAAUGCUAAUAGAGUUGGUUACGAAGGGUAUACUCCAGUUAAUGGAUAUGUUUCAUUUUAUUGCUGGAAGGAUUACCAUCUAAAGGACAAUCCUGCAGAAAAUAGUAGAACAAUAAAAUGUUUGGAAGGCGGUAAAUGGGAUAAGGAACUUCCGAAAUGCGUUCCUACAACAUGUCCAACCCCUUUUAAAGUACCCAAAGCGGAUAUAAUUUCUCCAAAAGUGAACUUGAUAGGUUCACUUUUAGAGUAUCGUUGUCCGUUAGGUAUGCAUUUUGGGGAAUUAGACUAUAGCCGUAUAAUUACUUGUUCGCAUAAUCAAAAAUGGAUACCCGACCCUUCGGAGUGGAAAUGUAGAGACGUAUUGUGUACUACAGUAGUUAAUGGAACAAAGAAAUCUCUGAAAUACAUGCAAACGACAUGGAUCCCUUGUCCUCCUGGUACACUACACGUCGAUGGAAGAGAUGGCACAAGAGCCUACUGUAAACUUUCUGGUUGGUUACAGCCUCGCGGGCCGUCCUGUCUACCUGGAAGGUGUGGACCAACACCGCAAGUGUUCAAUGCAAAGGUGGUUCAGUUGGAUACUCAAAGCUUUGCCAAGAUAACAUGUAAUGACGGAAUGCGAUUUCCUGACGGUCAUAGAACGAAAUAUAUAAAUUGUACUAGCAAACAAACAUGGGACCCUAUCGGUCUCCCUGCGUGUUCGCCUUGGAAUUGUCCUCCGCCACCUACAGUAGGCAAUACAACGGAUAAUCGUCCCAAAGCUUUUCCUAUGGGGACGAAAAUUAAAUAUGACUGUCUACAUCAUUAUUCCUUUCCAAACAAAACACUUUCACUUGAAAUUGAAUGUACAAAGGAAUCAGUAUGGUCGGUUCCUAAUCCAGAGGGUUGCAGAGAGACAUUCUGCUCCAGUCAUGGCUUUGCACCAAAAGGCUUAAGCAUGAAUUCAAGCAUUAGUGGUUUAUAUAAAGUUGAUGUAGUGCUGAACGUAUACUGCAAAGGUGGAUAUUUACCAGAUGGUACAAAAGAAAGAUUUUUAACUUGCCUUCCAUCUGGAGAUUGGUCGCAAAGUAGCGGAAAUUGUUCAACUGAACGAUGUAAGAGACCGUUGACAGUCCCAAAAAGCCAAGUUUCGGGAAAGGUAACAAACUUUGGUAGUGUUUGGGUUUAUAAUUGUAAGAGAGGGCAUAAAUUUAAAGACACAACAGCAAAAUUCUGGCCAAUUGAAUGCCGUAGAGAUGAUUCUUGGAAUGAUACUGUUCCCGAAUGUAUUGAAGUUGUUUGUCCAAUACCUAUUCAGUUGGCAAACGCUAAACUUACUUAUACCUCAACGAAUAUGGAUACAGUAGCUACGUAUCGUUGUAAUAAAGGAUUCUAUUUUAGAAGAAAGGUUGAGAAGAAAGGAGAACCUCUACUAAAAGUGAUUAAUUCUACGUGUAUGGAAAACGAAAAGUGGAGUUUGGAUGAAUAUUGGAUUAAAAGAGGUUGCGAAGAAAUUUAUUGUCCAUCCGUUCCAACUGUGGAUCAUGGAAUUCCAUCCAAUCUCAGCGUCAACUACGACAAUACGGUUGUCUACGUUUGUCGAACUGGUUAUAGAAUCUCCCUUCCAGGGGCCGAUGAUGAAAAGUCGCUGGUUGGAUCAUUCGUCAAUGGGACAAAUAACGCAACGGAAAAGAUUAUCACUGAAGCGUCUAUUCGAUGCGAUGAGAACGGAAUUUGGUCGGGAGCAGUUCCGCAAUGCGUAAUUGUUCACUGUAAAGAUAUUUUAUCGGAAAGUGAUCUUAUGGGUAAUACUACGAAUACAACUGCUUGGACGUUUGUCAAUUUUACUUGUCCGUUGGAAAGUCACUUUAAAGUGAAUACAAGCUUGGGAUACGUAUCGCAAACUUGGUUCGUUUCCCAAUGUUUUCCAACAGGUCCAACUGCAGAAUGGAAACCUACAGCGAAAGAUUGCACGGAGAAUAAUCCGAAUCCCAAGCCAAAAGAAGCGCCUAAUGCAAAAACAUAUGGAAAUGUGGCAAUAACAAUGCUAUCGGUAACUUUUGGCGGUUUGGUAUUAAUUGAUAUUUUAACCAUAAAAAGGGAUCUAUUGAUGUUGGCUCACAAUUUGCAUAAAGCAUUUGGUAAUGGGCCAUGGAGCAAGUUCCUGGCUAAAAAUUUAAAUACUCCUCACGCUCCAAGAGUGUCAACUGCAAAACUUAGAAAUAUACUUUUCCCAAACCAAGCACCUCAAGGUCCUCCCGUAGGAAAUGCUCAAAAUUAUACGCAACUAUCAAACAGAUUUUUGGAAUUGAGAUCGCAAUGA